GCGGAGGCAAAGGCGGAGGCGCUUUGAAAGAAGCUUAAGUGAAAAUGGUACAUGUUAGAAGACAUGAAACAAGGAAAAAUUCUAAAACUCAAGUGCCUGAGCAAAAAUCUCGAGUUGAUUGGCGGCGGACUAAAAGAAAUAGUAUCUCACAGUUAUUUGAUAGUGAUGAAGAGUUUGAUAGUGAUGAGGAACUUGAUAGUGACGAACAGCUUGAUAGUGAUGAAAGUGUUGAUAAUGAUGAAGAACUUGAUAGUAACAAGGGGCUGGAUAGUAAUAACACACCAGAAAAUGAAAGAGUGCUUAAACUAAUCAAAACUGAAAGUGAAGGAAGCAGCAGUAAGCAUGUCAUUAACACUGGCAACAGUUCAACAUAUGAAGAAGAAAUGAACAAAGCCAACCAUAGGAAUAUUGACUUGACAGAUCAUGAAAAGCACUUGAGUCAAGAAGAGAAGGAUCUCAAAAAACAUACUGUACAAAUCAUAGAUGAGGAUUUAGAAGAAGAACACAUCAAGCGAGUGAAAAGAAAAAGGAUAUCCUCUGUGAUGUAUGACAGUGAUGAGAGUGAUGACAGUGAUAUCCUAAUUAGAAAAGUAGGUGUUAAACGUCCACGAAGAGUGGUUGAAGAUGAAUGUUCUUCAGUGGAAAUGGAGCUAAAAAACCCUGAGAAAUCAUUAGCUACUCGAAAGCAAGAACAACUCCAGAAGUUGAAAGAACUCUCAAAACAAAGAUCUCGCCAAAGAYGCAAUAGUGGUAGAGAUUUUGAGGACUCUGAAAAGGAAUCCUGCCCAAGCAGUAAUGAAGAGGAGGAGGAGGAUUCUGAAUAUGAUGAAGAUGGAGAUAAUUAUAUUAUUGAUGACUUUGUAGUACAAGAUGAGGAGGGUGAUGAAGAGAAUAAAAAUCAACAAGAAAAAAAAUUGACUACCUCUCAAUUGAAAUUAGUAAAACAGAAUUCUCUUUAUUCUUUUAGUGACCAUUAUACUCACUUUGAAAGAGUUGUGAAGGCCCUUCUGAUCAAUGCUUUAGAUGAAUCUUUUCUGGGAUCAUUGUAUGAUGGCACCAGGCAAAAAUCAUAUGCACAAGAUAUGUUGACAUCUCUUCAUUAUUUGGAUAAUCGCUUUGUUCAGCCCCGUCUAGAGAGUUUAGCUUCUAGAAGUCGUUGGAAAGAGCAAUAUAAGGAGCGGGUAGAAAAUUAUUCUAAUGUGAGUAUCCAUUGGAAGAAUCCUGAAAACUGUUCCUGUCAGGCUUGUGGAUUGCAUCGCCACUGCAAAUAUUCAGUGCAUUUAUCAGGAAAGUUGUAUAAUACCAGGACUAUGGAAACAGAUGAUUUUAUGUCACAUGAUAAACAGGUGUUUACUGUUGGCAGAAUAUGUGCUGAUCGUACCAGAAUUUAUCAUAAACUGAAACAUUUUAAGUUCAAACUCUACCAGGAAUGUUGCUCUCUUGCAAAGACAGAAGAAGUUGAGGAUGAACAGGUUAAAGAAACAGUGGAAAGAAUUUUCAAUCAGUCAAAAGAAAAUGGCUGGAUUAAAGAGAAAUAUGGUCAACUUGAAGAAUAUCUCAAUUUUGCGGAUUACUUUCAAGAUGAGAAGUUUGACUGAAUUGUAAUACAUUUCCUUCAGAGAAGAUUUUAUAAAUUCCUGUAAAUGUGAAGAUCAUGAACCUUGUUUCGCUGUACUAUGUGGCAUUUUAUAUUUUUUUUGUGUAUCUUCAAGCAAAAUAUCUUGUUUAAAACAUGUUCAUUUAAUUUCUCAUGAAAUGGCACUCUAUAUCUGAUAAAACUUUUAUCUGCUGUACAUGGAAAACAAGCUUAAUAAUUAUUAAGCCCAUAAAUGUAUUUUAAAGUUAUCUAACAAUGCCUUUAUUACAGAUGACUAUCAAGUGAAUGAGCUAAUCAUGUUCUGUCAGUUUAGUAGAAAUAUAUUGUAUUUUAAAAUAUUUAGCCUAACAUCUAUAUAUAUUUAAUGUUGAAUCUCUGUUCGGGUCUAUUUGUUAUCCUUUUACAGUAUUAAAUGGUUUUCUUCACUAAUAUAUUUUUUAUUACUAUCAUCUAAACUGCCAUAGAAGAAACCUCAAUGUAUCAUUCAGUAAAGUCCCCUUGCUUCAUAAUCAGACUGUAGCUUUUCUGUUCCAAAUAGAGGAGUGCUUUAUGCUUUUUCUAAAGUUUUCCUUAAAAAUGAAUUUCGGGCCUCUGAGAGUCUUUCAAACCUCACAUUCAAGAAAAAUUUCAUGAUCUGUAUUUUCAUACUUUAUGUUAUUUCUUUUUUUCUAUUCAGUUUUGUGUAGAUGUUAAUGAUUAAUAUAUAUUUUAUUUUUACCCGUAACUUUCCCAAUAUAUGCAUGUAUGUUAGGGUCUGAAGAUUCCAGAGACAAGUUCAGCUAAAAACACUUUAAAAAUAUAUUUUGGUAUCUGCAUUACUUUGCACAUCUUCAUUUUCCCAGAGUAUAGUAAACAGUUGCAGAGUGAACAAAUGGACCCUGUCUAUUCCAUCUUUAAUUCUCAAUAAUGGUAUUCUAAAAGGAUCUCUUAUACUGUGGCAUUUUAGAUUCUUUUUCUUACUGGAAGUCUUAAUUGAACCUCGCUUCGUCUAUUAAUGAGAUUCACAGCAUGGACCUCAAUGUAUGUAUACACAUAAUAAAUACAUUUUGAUAAAUCCUUACAUGGAGAUUAGUUCACACUUUCUGUAAUUCAUUUUCUGUAAUUAUCCCUAUUAUUAUUUUAAACAAACUGGAUUUUAAAGACUCACAAAGUGGUGAGAAUACUGAUGCUGAUGUUUAAU